AUGACUAAACUAUCGUUAAAAGUUAUUGGACUUGGCUUUGUCUUCAUGUAUUAUGAAGCAUUGAAUAAAGAUCCUGCAGAAGUAUCUCAAUUUUAUUCAAAUAUAUCUGAUGUUGUAUUUGUUGAUAUAGCAAAAUUGGAUGAUCAAGAACAUGAAACAUAUCCAGUGGUGAAAUUGCGUGGGAGAAAUGCGAUUAAAGAAUAUUUUGAAUCUAUAAAGACUCAAUUAUCUACCACCAAAUUAAAGAUUAAAACUUUUGAUUCACAAAAGGUAUCAGGUAUUUCAUCUUCAAAUUCAACUAUAUUAUUAUCUUUAACUGGUGAAGUCAUGUGGAAGAAUACAAAUAUAUAUAAUUUUACUCAAAAUUUCUUAUUAACAACCACUGAAGAUGAUGAACAAGUUUAUGAAAUUUCAAAUAGUGUAUUUAGAAUUACCACUGAAAUUACACACCAAUCCUUCGUAGAGACUAGAACAAGUAAGAAAAUAAGCAAUACUCAAACAAGAUUAAAAUCUAAAAAUGAACAUUACAAUAAUCAUUCAUCUGCAUUUGUUCCCGGGAAUAGUACUUAUCAAAACAAAUAUAAUAAUUGGAAUAAUGGUGUAAUGGAAAAUGGAAAUAUGGGUGUAUUCCCCCAACAUAUGAUGAAUGAGUAUUAUCAGUAUCAAAAUUUAGUGCCACAACAAUAUGGGUAUUAUAAUUCAAAUUCUAAUAUGAAUAUGAAUUCUUAUAACCGGUAUUCUGGAAAAAAAUAUAGUAAUAAUGGUAACUCAAAUUAUGAUCGUAAUAAUAGUCGAAACACUUCUAAUAAUUCGACAUACAAUAAUUACCAUAAGGAAAGUAAGUAUGAUAAUAGCCAUACAGUUUUUGUCAGAAAUACUCGUGACAUUACAGAAGAACAAAUUAAGAAUUCGCUAGAGAAGGAAUUUGGUGUGAUUAAUAAGAUUACCACAGGUGAAAAUUAUACAACUGUAAAUUUCGAUAUAGAAAGUAGUCAGUCUAAAUGUUUAUUGAAGGGUAAGUUGGAUAUUGAUGGUGAAGAGGUCUCAUUUGAUAAAGACCAAACCCAGGGAAGACAAACAAGCAAUAACGUUCAAGAUGACCAAACAAAGGAGAAUUUGGUCAACCAAUAG